AUGUCUUCCCCAAUCCGUAACAUUGCCAUCAUCGGCGCGACGGGCCAGAUGGGCUCUGAAAUAUCCAAGACCUUGCUUCAGUCCGGCUUCAAUGUCACUGCCAUCCAACGCUCCGACUCCACCAAGACCGUUCCCUCGGGAGUCAAGUCUAUCAAACUCGACUUGAAUGACGUCAGUGCUCUCACUACAGCUUUCCAAGGCCAGGACGCGGUCAUCUCAGCUGCACCGGACCCAAUUGUUCUGGAGAACCAGAAGCCGUGGAUCGACGCUGCUGUCGCUGCCGGGGUGAAGCGUAUCGUCCCUUCCGAGUACAGCACCAAUGUAGACUCGCCGCUCGCCGAGGGUCUGCCCAUCGUCGUCGACAAGGUCCGCGCCAGACGCUACCUCAUUGAGAAAAUUACCGAGAACGGCAAUAAUUCGAGCUGGAUGAGUGUAAACAACGGUCCCUUCUUCGAGCUCGUGCUUGGCUUUGGUGGGUUGGGUCCGAAUUUCCGGAGCAAGACGGCAAAGUAUCACAAUGGCGGCGACAACUUGAUUGGGACUACAAAGAUUUCGGAUGUCGCCGAGACGAUUGCCAAGGUCUUGCGUGGUGAGGGGGGAUUGUACAAGGAGGCUGAAAAUAAGUCGUUGUAUAUUCAUUCGGCGGCGGUCAGUGAGAAGCAGUUGACGAAGAUGGCGGAGAAGGUGACAGGGCAGAAGUUUGAGGUGCAGAAUUUUGAUGUUGAGGAGGUCUAUCAGAAUGCUAAGGCUAAGUUCGCCGAAGGUGAUCGGUCGGUCUGGAUUGACUUCUACUAUCAAAUGAUGUAUGGGAAGGGUUAUGGGGGUAGCGAAGGCUUCCAAGAGAUGAGUUGGAACGACAAGGUCGGGUUGAAAACAAUGAGCGACAAGGAAAUUGAGGAUGGGCUCAGAAAGGCGGCUCAGCAGGCUGGUAUGAUCUAG